UUUUAUGAGUUUUAAUGGAAUAGAAAUACUAGCUUAUUUAACUCCGCUUCCUCCCAAAUUAAACCAAAAAAACCCCAGCGCACUUCCCUCUCUCAAAUCACCUCAGACCCAUCUCUCUCUCGCUCUUUCUGUGGUGUCAUUGGAUCAAAAACUUGGUAGUCUAAGGGUUGGUGCUGGUAAUUUGGUUUAUUGUAAUGGAAUCGAAAGGAAGUGAAAUUGAUGAAUUUGAAAAGGCAUUGGAAUCUGCCUUGGAUGGAAGUACAGAAGAAGAUGAAAACGAAGAAGGAGAAUAUAGUGAUGACGAUGAAGAGGAAGAAGAAGAUGAUGAUGGAGAAGAAGAAGAAGAAGAAGAAGAACAUGCUUUGGAUUCAAUGGAACAAAAUCAACAAUUUGAAUAUGAAGCUCUUGCCGAGAGAAAACGAAAAACACUUGCUGAUGCCAAGGGUGAAGGGUCAGCAAAGAAGGCAAGACAAGAGGACAUGACUGGAGCUAGCUUGGCUGAAAUAGAGGAGAUAAUGAAUUUUGGUAUGAGAAAAAGGAGACGACGACGAAUGCCCAAGAGAAGAGGCAGGCGGAAGGGAUCAAAAAACAAACUUAGCCCUGAAAUUACACGGAUGUUGGGUGAUGCUACUCUUCACUAUGCUCAUGGUAAUUAUGAAGAGGCUUUAACAGUUUUGAGUGAGGUUGUUAAACGAGCACCACUGGUGGCUGACUCAUACCAUACACUUGGACUUGUCCAUAAAGCCCUUGGAAAUACUGAAAAAGCCAUGAAAUUUUAUAGGAUUGCUGCAUUUCUGAGACCGAAAGAUUCAUCUUUGUGGAAACUACUUUUUAGCUGGCACGUAGAACAAGGAGACAUAGCUCGAGCAUGGAAGUGCCUUUCUAAAGCUAUAAGUGCUGAUCCUGAUGAUGUUAGUCUAAGAUCCCUUCAUGCAUUAUUUUAUGAUGAACUUGGAGAUCAUCAAAGAGCUGCUGAGUCAUAUGAACAAAUUGUUCGAAUCUGUCCUGAGGAUGUUGAAGCAAUAAAGACAGCUGCAAAGAUGUACCUCAAUUGUGGUCAGAUUAAACGAUGUGUAGGCAUUUUGCAAGAUUAUCUCAAGGGUCAUCCAUCUGAAGCUGAUUUAAGUGUAAUCGUUUUGCUGGCUGAUGUAUUCAUGGAAAUUGAUGCACAUAAUAAUGCUCUUCAGCAUAUUGAGCAUGCUCAGAUGAUCUACUAUUCAGGAAAAGAACUGCCUUUGGAAUUAAUUAUUAAAGCAGGAAUCUGCCAUGUUUUCCUGGGAAAUAUUGAGAAGGCAGAGAUUCACUUUAGCGCACUACAACAGGAGAAUUUCUCCAUUCAUCCUGAAUUCAUUACUAAAGUUGCUGAUGCAUUUAUGAGUACUGAGUGUUUUCACUCUGCGUUGAAGUAUUAUCAUAUGCUGGAGUUGAAUGUUGGAGCUGACAAUGAGGGUGAAAUCCAUGUGAAAAUUGCUCAAUGUUACUUAUCCUUGAAUGAUCGUGCAAAAGCAAUUAUGUUUUUCUACAAAGCUUUGCCCAUGCUCAAAGAUAGCAUUGAUGCCCGAGUGGCUUUGGCGUCGCUUCUCCUUGAAGAUGCUAAAGAAGAUGAGGCUAUUUCUUUGCUUUCUCCUCCCAAAGAUUUGGAUUCUCUCGAUUCUAAUUCCUACAUGCAAAACCCAUGGUGGCUUGAUGGGAAAAUAAAACUAAAGCUUUGCCACAUAUAUAAAGCCAAAGGGAUGCUUGAAGACUUUGUUAAUACAAUAUCACCCUUGGUCCGUGAGUCACUCUAUGUAAAAAGCCUUCGUCCAAAGGUGAAGAAAAGGCUGACAAUAAGUGUUCUGCGUGAAAGAAUCAGUAUUCUGAAUGUUCAGGAAAAUGACGAUAUUUUUGGAGAAGUGAGACCACUGGCAUCUAAAUCAGAUCUAUUGAGAGCUUGCAGAGCAAGAAAGUUGCUUCAAAAGAAGGAAGAACAGAAAGCAGCUGAUAAAGCUGCUGGUAUUGAUUUGCCUAGUGACUAUUCAGAUGAUGAAUCUCUGCUAGAAAACAGAGUUUCUCCUCUGCAUGAUUUUUUAAAGGACGAAGCACAUCAUGAUCUUAUUAUAGAUGUGUGCAAGGCAUUGCAAUCGUUGCAAAGAUAUUCUGAAGCUCUGGAGAUUAUAAAUCUCACCCUGAGAUUGGUGUCUGAUAAACUGCCUGGUGAUAGGGAGGAGCAACUUCAGUCUCUUUUAGCUCAAAUAUCUUUUAACGCCACGGAUCCUAAACAUGGUUUUGAUUAUGUAAGAUCUGCUAUUCAGAAACAGCCGCACAGCAUUGCUGCCUGGAACUGUUAUUACAAAAUAACCUCAAGAUUGGGAAAGAGCCACUCAAAGCAUGCCAAAUUUCUACGUUACAUGCGAAACAAACAUAAAAGGUGUGUUCCACCUAUAGUCAUUUCUGCUCAUCAGUUUACCAUGCUCAGCCAUCAUCAAGAUGCUGCAAGAGAAUACCUAGAAGCUUAUAAACUGAUGCCAGAAUGUCCUCUAAUUAAUCUGUGUGCGGGAACUGCCUUGAUCAACUUGACCCUUGGAUUUAGACUCCAAAAUAAGCACCAGUGUCUUGCACAAGGCUUGGCAUUCCUCUAUAAUAAUUUACAGCUAACAGAGAACAGCCAGGAGGCAUUGUAUAAUAUCGCCCGUGCCUAUCAUCAUGUUGGACUAGUGUCUCUAGCAGCUUCAUAUUAUGAAAAGGUGCUUGCAGCUUGCGAGAAGGAUUACCCCAUUCCGAAACUUCUGAAUGAGAAUUCAGAAAUGGAAAAUAUGAAACCAGGUUACUGUGACCUGCGUAGAGAAGCAGCUUAUAAUUUGCAUUUAAUAUACAAAAACAGCGGAGCAUUUGAUCUUGCUAGGCAGGUCUUGAAAAAUCACUGCACUUUCUGACUAAGCAUCCUCGACACUGACAUCAACUGGUUUGCAAGAAUUGCGGGUCAUCUCUUUUGCAACAUAUAGCUCUCUAAACCGAACAUCAGAUUAGUAAAGUUAUGUGGAGAUGAUUAGAUUGCUUAGGUGAAUUUAUUAUUUAACUUCUUCCAACUUUUAUUUUAUUUUAUUUUGUACUUUUCUCUGUCAUGGAGUUUCUUUGGGGUGCCAUUUUCAAUGUUCUUUACUGUACCUACCCAGAGAAGAGGAUUUGUCGACAGAAACUUUACUACCAUUUAGCUUCGAGCUAUCAGUGCAUGUGGCAAUAUGCUAGAUGACAAACGAUUCUAAAAUAAUAUGGUUUUAAUUUUAUUUU